AUGCGCGAAAGGGUAGAAAGCAAAUUUUCUUGCUCUGAUGUGACAACGCGACAAGUCUUUUGAUUAAGGUAGGGUAGAGUAAUACACUGGACGUUUGGAACGCCGUAAGCUUUGUAGAAACUUCCAGUAACUACUGAAUAUUACCCCAAAAUGUCGGUUGAGCCGAUCACAGUUACGCUGGAGCCGGACACCGGUUCUUCAGCCGCGUUUCCAGUGGUUUUGAAGAAAAUAAUGGAAAUUCCCCCACCGAAUUUACUCGAAGGUGACGACGAAAAUGACAAAGAGAAACUUUGUGCUGGGGAUUCUGGAGACUGUAGUGUUGGAGGUAGCGGGAUGGGACCUUCUGCCGCCCUGACUCCUGCAAUCUGGGACAAGACCAUUCCCUACGAUGGGGAGACCUUCCAUCUGGAAUACAUGGAUCUCGAGGAGUUUCUCAUGGAAAAUGGCAUUCCUGCCUCGUUGGACGAGGAACAGCAGAAGGGUCUGACCAAGGAGAACUCCCAGCGGCAGCAGACAGAAAGGUUACCUACUGACUCCACCUCCCAGACGAAGACUACCCCACCUGUUCCAGUCUCUCUCCUGCCUGUCAUGGAGCUUGACCAAUGUGAGGAAGAGGUGGUCACAAUUACCAUAUCUAACUCCGGCAAAGAGGACGCAGAAGAUAAAGGUGCGAAUGCAGACAAAGACCGCGUGACCCCUGACCCGAUCGAUCCGGAAGACAUUGAAAUAGAAGUGAAUUAUGACCCGGAUCCCACAGACCUGGUGCUCUCCAGCGUGCCUGGAGGAGAACUCUUCAACCCCCGCAAGCACCGCUUCUCAGAGGAGGAGCUGAAACCACAGCCCAUGAUCAAGAAAGCCAAGAAAGUGUUUGUGCCUGACGAACAGAAGGAUGAGAAAUACUGGCAGAGAAGGAAGAAGAACAACGCCGCGGCUAAGCGUUCACGUGACGCCCGGAGGCUGAAAGAGAACCAGAUCACAGUACGGGCAGCCUUUCUCGAGCGGGAAAACGCAGCGCUGAGGCAGGAAGUAGCUGAGCUACGGAAGGACUUUGGACGCUACAAGAACGUUGUUUCCCGCUAUGAGGCCAAAUUCGGACCACUUGCCCCGGCUGAAGACCUUUAGACUAUGUUUGAUUUAUUGGUUAUUAGUGGGAGGGUGGGUAAAUCAAAGUAGUUAAAAUAGUGUUUUGGGUAAAUAGUAGUGACUAGUUUGGAUGAAGAGGAUGAAGAGGACGAGACAGAAAGAGUGAAUGAUAAUGUGAGUGACACGGCCGUUUCACUCUUGGAUUCAAUCUCUCAAUUUGUUAUUGAUAUUUUUAUUUUGUUUUUAUUUUUUAUUUUUUAAAGUUUGCUCUCAUUAUAAUAGUGUGUUCUUAAUGCAGUACAUAAGGUCGAACUCAUAAGUGCUCAGUUUAUAUAUUUGUCAUGAUUGAAGAAGUGUCUUUUUCCUCCAGUGUUUUGUAUGCCACCGUUUCAUGACUUUCUUACCAAGCUCAUAGCUUGCGAGGUUUGGGGUGAGGAGUCGAGAUUGUACUGGAAUUAUUCUAGAUGGGCUGCAUCUUUCAAUUUGGUGUUAGAUAGUAAGAGACAUGCCUGAAACAGCCCUGUCAGUUUUUUUCUGGAAUGUUCUGCAAUAAUUAAGCCUCAGAGUUUAACAUUUUCCUUCUCAGUACAAUGCCUGUAGCACUGGGGAUGUCAUUCAGUGUGUUGUAACACAGAAAAUAAAAGUUAAGUGCAUUUUUUUUUUUUAUGAUUUAGAUAAGCAGAUGGAAGUUUGUUUGUUUUUUUUUUCUUUACUGUAAACAUUCAGUCAGUGAAGUAAAUCAGGGGAAUAACAGAGGAUUGUAAUUUAAAAAAAUAUUAGAGAGGCCUCUUUCAGCUGACUCUUUCAGCUUAACCGUGUAGAUGUGACUGCCUGUUCCAAAACUGUGUGUACGCAAUGUAGCGUUUCUUCAUCUUGUUGCGUGUCUGCUUCUAAAAGUAGAUUUUUGCAGUCUUGUUGUGACAUCAAAACUUAGACAGGUCGUCAGUGUUUCGUCCUCUCGUCAAAAGAAACAUUGUAAUUAUAGUAAAAACACAUAAUUAUUGCUUGUGCAGUGCGCAGGGAAAACCUCUAUUUUGUUAAAGAUGUAACCUUUGUAAACAACAACAACUUGACCAAUAACCAACACAAUACCAGGUGAUUUUGUUACUUAUGUAUUUUUUAGCACUGUUGCCUGUUGUCAACCUUACAAAAAAAAAGCAAAAACAAACAAACAAAAAAACAGAUAUCAUGUUUACUGUGUUGAACCUCUCAGUGGUUCAUCUUUUUUCAGACCCUUUGCAACCAACCUCUGAACUGUUAAAAAAAAAAAAAACCACACACACAAAAACAAACAAACAAACAUGAAACAAAAAGCUACUUCACAUGUAUAAUGUGAAGUGGAGACCUCAGUAUCUUCAAGGACUCAAAUCCUCAAGUGUCUUCAGCUGAGAUGACCACACUCAGUUUCCCUGUUUACAAAGGGCACCAGUUUGUUACAUAUCAGGAAUCCCACUUCAGCCUGUCAAGGUUGCCAGGGCACCAGUCCAGUGCUUGUCAAUGUCUCUUUCUCUCUCUGUCUUUUUUUUUUU